AAAAGUAACGUUAAUAAUUAAACUUUUAGAACACGCAUCUUUUCUCUCUCUUGGUAUCCGUAGCUGAGUGGGCGGGACGAGCUGUCAGACGACUGAUGACACGAUGUGGCGAUGUGCACUCUGAUUCGUCAGUGUCCUGCCGUGCGUGUGGAUCCUGGUUCUGAUUGGUCACCGAGCAGCGGGUUUUGACUGUUUUUAUAGUGUUUGAGGAAGUCAGUUUCAGAGAGUCUAUUAGUCAGUGAUAUACACAAAUUACUUACUUUUUUUUAAUGAUAUUUAAAACCACCUGGCUUUAUAUCUAUGAAUGUAUUUUUUUAGAAUGAAUUCGAGACAUGGUCGGUGGUCUAUAAACUGAACUUCUACGGCUAGUGGCUAAUAUUAUGCUAUAAUAUUAGUGUUAGGGGUUUAGGUGUGUUUAGGAUUUUUGCCGGAAUGUGGGUGGGUUUUUAAUACUGGACAUUGUACAGACAUGUUGUGUGUUCAGGAGUGUUUUAUUUCAGCUCCAGGGAAAUCCAUCCUGCACGGAGAGCAUGCUGUAGUACACGGGAAGGUGGCGUUGGCUGUGAGCUUGAAUCUGCGCACGUAUCUGUGGCUGCAGGUCACGUCUUCAUCUGAAGUGUCCAUCAGUCUCCCGAACAUUGACACCUUCCUGUGCUGGAACACCAGUGUGCUGAAACCACUGCUGUCUCACUGUACAGGUGUAGGUGAGUGUAGAAGCUCCACAGAGCUGGACACUGAGCUCGUGAGGAAGCUGAGUGUAUUUACAGCCGUCUCUGAUGGAUCCACAGACACCAAGAGCAUGGCGGUGCUGGCCUUCCUCUACACCUACCUGUGUGUGUUCUCCCAGUCAGAAAUCCUGCCCGGUCUGAAGGUGUGUGUGUGGUCUGAACUGCCUACAGGAGCAGGUUUGGGAUCCAGUGCUGCGUACAGUGUGUGUGUCUCUGCUGCCCUGCUCACUGCAAGAGGAACCAUCAGAUCUCCUCUUACACAGAGCCAGGAGACAGCCAGAUGGAGUGAUGAGGAGCUGGAGAUGAUCAAUAACUGGGCAUUUCAGGGUGACGAUGGCAACCCAUCAGGAGUAGAUAACGCAGUGGGGACGUGGGGAGGCUUUCUGCGCUACCAUGCUGGGAAAAUUACUCCACUCAACAGAGUACCCACACUGAGGAUCCUCCUCACCAACACUAAAGUACCACGCAGCACCAAACUCCUGGUUUCUCGAGUGAAGGACAGAAUUACCCAGUACCCGUCUGUGUUGAUCCCUGUGCUGGAGUCGGUGGAUGCCGUGUCUCAUAUCUGUGAGCGUACACUAGCUGAGAUGGCUACAGAGGGAGCUUCAGCCAAACACUACAGCACACUAGAGGAUUUAAUAGAUAUCAAUCAGCAGCACCUGAACGUGAUGGGCGUCGGUCACACGUCUCUGAACACGCUGUGCCAGGUCACACUCGCACAUGGCCUCCACAGCAAACUGACCGGAGCAGGAGGAGGAGGCUGUGCCAUCACACUCCUCACACCAGAGACAGAGGAGCGUGUGGUGCGAGACGUGAUUGAGGAGCUGAAGCAGGUCGGAUUUGACUGCUGGGAGACGAGUAUUGGAGCGCUGGGUGUCCUGAUGCACUCACCCACUUCAGUGCCACACAACAUCCUCCAGAUCCUCACCAAAUACUGAUCUACUGAACACACACACACACACAGUACAAAGGAAUAUUACAGCUAUACCAACAGUAUUAUAUACAAGUUACCUGUGAUUAGAGCAUUGAUGAAGAAAAAGUGGACACAUUUUUCAACACUAUAGACACCAGAACGACAUUAUUCUCCAGGUUUACUUGUUAUCUUUGUUAAAUCUUACUUAUUUAAACUAACUUUAUAUUUCAAAAUAAAUCUGAACUUUCUGAUAAAUCUGGUUAUUCUUACGGAAUGCAGUUGUUGAGGAUUUCUUUUUUCUUGGACUCAUAUGUCACUUUAACUAUAUUAACACACGUUCACAGCCGAGAGCAAUUAGUGAGGACAGCAGGAGCAUUUUAACGGCAAGGUUAAAAUAAGAUUAAAUAAGAUAAAAUGAU